AUGGCGGCCACCACACAACCAGACUACGACAAGCCCGGAGACAAGGGAGAAGAGAGAGUCAAAGUCAUUUGUCUCGGCGACAGCGCCGUAGGCAAAUCUAAACUGGUUGAAAGAUUUCUCAUGGAUGGAUACAAACCACAACAGCUAUCUACGUAUGCCCUGACUUUAUUCAACCACAAAGAACAGAUAGAUGGAAAACCUGUUUCUGUUGAUUUUUGGGACACUGCUGGUCAAGAGAGGUUUAACAGCAUGCAUCCUUCAUAUUACCACCAGGCACAUUGUUGUAUAUUGGUUUUUGACUGCACCCGUAAAAUAACAUACAAAAAUUUGCCAGAAUGGCUGCGAGAUUUGCGACAGUACAGGCCAGAGAUACCAUGUUUGUGUGUGGCAAACAAAAUUGAUGAGGACAUGGACAUGACAAAGAAAACUUUUGCAUUUGCCAAAAAGAACAACAUGCCCUUCUACUACGUCUCUGCAGCAGACGGGACGAACGUGGUCAGGUUGUUCAGGGAUGCCAUCCGAGCUGCUGUGGCGUACAAGAAUAAUUCUACAGACUUCAUGGACGAGAUUAUGAAGGAGUUAGAGAAUUUCAAACUUGACCCCAUACCCAGCAGAACAAAAGCCAAAAAAGUUGAGGACACUGCAAAUGGAGACAAUGAUGUCUCCCACGAGGCAAAUUUGAUUAUAUCCUGA